ACAAAAUCACAAGUCAGAACAACCUUGCUGCACGGAAAAUUAGUUAGAACCGUAUCAGAAUCGAUAAGAAAAUUAUCGACGAUGAAGCCAAACCGUGUGCAUUCGGUGUAAAACGCAUUCGAACGUUGCACCAUGCUAAUGCUAGGGUAGUUUCAUUCAAACGCCGCUGCGCCAGUGGUGGUGGUGGUAGUGCACGCUUUCCUUAUUUGUUUACGAAACACGCCGCUUGCCAGCUGUUGGCCGUACAAGGAGCCAAAUUCUGCGUAAAGUGCAUCACGAUGGAUGGAAUUUGCUUCGAUUACGAUCACUACUUCGCGGAGGAAACGUUCAUCAUUGAUGAUUUCGGUGAGAUUUGCGAGGAUGUGGUCCGCAUAGCUAGCGCCAACACGCAAUACCUGUGCAAGGAUUUCGAUGCGGAACCGCGACAGGAAAGUCCACCACCAGGAAACUUUAUCGCUUCGAAUCGAUGCUUCGAGAAGGAGGUGCCGUCACUCUUCUCCGAGAUGGAGUACCUAACGGAAGUGUCACCCGGCACGGAUGUAGUACUGUCGGAGACGAACGCAAUAACAAUUGCCGUGAAUCCUUCUGAGUUUUCCUGCAAACGUUUAAAACGGCCCAUCGAUGAAGCACUGGCUGAUACCACGGAAAAUAGCCCGCAAAAUUACACGAUUGAGGCUACUUUACCGGCUGUUGAAACUAGGGAAGUAGGAUCCCCUCCAGUACAAACGCUUGCUCAUGUAUCAACACCAGUAGAGUAUCAGCGUAUACUCAACAACUACAUUCAAAAGGGCCGCCGAAAGCUGGAAGCUUGUUCCUACUCUAAAAUGAAAGCUUCCUGCCCGGCUAGGGAAAGAGUGAACGCAUCUGUAUGUUCUACCUCAACUAUCGAAACGGCAACGACAUCAACGCUACCGUCCGCUAGAGCCGAUCAUCAGUUUCAGCCAGGUCCCAACACCUCCGUCACUGCCAUUAUCAAUAAUCUUCCCUUGCCGACGUGUAAAGCUUCAUUCGACAAAGUGACCUCCAUUAGUGACAGCAAACAUACGGUAGAAAUGAGCAAAUCAUCAUCGUUAUCCUGCCCAACGCUUUACCAAAGUGCAACGAACCGGACCACAGCGGGAUUGCUCAAAACGGCUCGAUUGUAUCACUGCAGGGAUUGUAGUUCCUCGUACAACUCCAGUGAGCUGCUCCGGAAGCACAGCUGCAUUAUCGCCGAACAGUAUCAGUGUCAUCUGUGUUUGCGUGAGUUCAGGAAACGCAAAACGCUUGACCAACAUAUGAAAUCCCACGAUAAAGUGUUUUCCACCGACGAUGAUUUACGGAAGUAACCUGGGUAGCGCUAGUAGUUGGUUCGUUUGUGUUGACUUACAUUUUAAUGUGUUCUAACGCCCAGCUUUAUUGCAUAGGUUUUAAUCGUUUUAAAAUUGCCAUUCACGACGCUUGCUUUCGAAACACAUAGUGUUAGUUGUAACAAUUGCAAUAAACAGUUCGAAAUCGAAUAACGGUAGUCUGGGUCGACCUCGAUGCUCAGUGGGUUAAAUGUAACAAAAUCACGUAUAUCCAGAAACCCUUGGGCUAAUUCUAGCACCUUCUUUGUAUCACUUAAUGAGUACAUUUAGAAUCCAACUCCAUUGGGGGCAAGAUUCGUUAAG